CACACCUCUGUCACCUGCCUGGGGUGUUUUUUUUUAAUUCUCUUCCAACUAGUUUAGUCAAGACCACAGGCCUGUUUGCCUCAGAGUCAAUCUGCUCUCACGCCAUGAACAAAACGUCUCUGUUGAGCGGAGACCACAAGCUGAAAGAUAAGAACCAAGUGCAGAAAGGAAUGGAGGAGAAGAAAGAGGAAGAGAAGGUCAUGGAGAGGAACUGGAUCCGUCCAGAUCUGACCAGCAAGUGUACGUGGCAGCUCGGAGGGCCGAAAACUAACUCGCCUCAUGUCCACGCAGAACGGAUGAAGCCACCCAGCAUUCUUCCAAACAUCCUGACACACAUCGGAAACACGCCGCUGGUUCGCAUCAACAAGAUUCCCAAAAUGUUCGGGGUGAAGUGUGAGAUCUUGGCUAAGUGCGAGUUCUUUAAUGCUGGAGGCAGUGUGAAAGAUCGCAUUGCCAUCCGUAUGGUGGAGGAUGCUGAGAGAGACGGCAUCCUCAAACCCGGAGACACCAUCAUCGAGCCUACUUCUGGAAACACAGGUAUCGGCCUGGCCCUGGUUGCAGCAGUAAAAGGUUAUCGCUGUAUAAUCGUCAUGCCUGAGAAAAUGAGCAUGGAGAAGGUGCACGUGCUGCACGGUCUCGGGGCCAAUAUCAUCCGGACUCCGACCGAUGCUCGUUUUGACUCUCCAGAGUCUCACGUGGGCGUGUCCUGGCGCCUGAAGAAUGAGAUCCCCAACUCCCACAUUUUAAAUCAGUACCGUAACCCCAGCAACCCUCUGGCUCACUAUGACAACACGGCCGAAGAGAUCCUAGAGCAGUGCGAUGGUAAAAUAGACAUGCUGGUGGCCGGAGCUGGAACAGGUGGCACCAUCACCGGCAUCGCACGCAAGCUGAAGGAAAAAUGCCCGAAUAUCCAGAUUAUUUGCGUGGACCCCAUGGGCUCGACCGUAGCAGAGGCAGAGCAAAUGAAUAAGACCGAUAAGAGUCAGUACGAGGUAGAGGGAAUCGGAUACGACUUCAUUCCCACCGCGUUGGACAGAUCUGUGAUCGACUGUUGGUGCAAGACCACAGACGAGGAGUCCUUCAACAUGUCACGCAUGCUUAUCAAACAGGAAGGACUGCUGUGUGGUGGUAGUUCAGGAUCAGCCAUGGUUGCAGCAAUGAAGAUGGCGAAGGAGCUGAAGGAAGAUCAGCGCUGUGUGGUCAUCCUGCCCGAUUCACUACGGAACUACAUGACUAAAUUCCUCAGUGACAAGUGGAUGUGUGAAAAAGGCUUUCUGAGAGAGGAGGACCUAAUGAUCAACAAACCAUGGUGGUGGAAUCUGACUCUACAGGAGCUACAACUUUCUGCUCCUCUAACAAUUCUUCCAUCAGUCAGCAUUAAAAACACCAUUAAGAUCCUGAAGGACAAGGCGUUCGACCAGGCGCCGGUAGUCGAGGAGACCGGAAUGAUCAUGGGGAUGGUCACACUGGGUAACAUGCUGUCCUCUGUACUCGCUGGGAAGGUCAGUCCUUCUGACCCUGUCAACAAAGUCCUGUAUAAGCAGUUCAAACAGGUUCAUCUCACAGAUAAACUGGGUAAACUCUCCAGGAUCCUAGAAACGGACCACUUCGCCCUGGUGGUUCAUGAUCAGAUCCAGGAUGGCUCGCCACUUCUGAAGAAGAUGGUGUUUGGCAUCGUGACGGCCAUCGACCUGCUGAACUUUGUGACCACUCGUGAGAAGAGAAAGCGCUCGUUGUCUGAGUGCUCGCUCCCCAACGACAUGUAGCUGAUCUCUGACACACACACUUUGUUUUACAUAUGUGAGUAAACAUUACAUAUUUUUCUAUUUUAUUGGGUUUCUUUUUCCUUCUCAUGUAAAUGCACAUGUUUAUGAGCUUAAAGGUGCAGUCUGCAAUCUGUUUAAACAGGUUUCUAGACCUGUAUUAAGAAUUUUCACAGUUUUCUGGGAUAGAAAUGAAGUCCAACCCCAGUCAGAUCACUGCAGCUCAUCUCUGGCUCUUUUUUCCCUUAAAAGAAAACCUUGAAUAUUGUUGUUGAUUUUUUUUUCUUCAGUGUUUUCACUGCAGUAGAAGAAUGUCAGUGUUACACUCUGCUCCUUUAAUGACUCACUGACAUCAUCAGUGCUCUUUAAACUCGUUUUAUUCACAAUGCAGUAAAGAUUAAACUGGUUUUUUUUUUUUGUUUUUUGUUUUUUUUUACUUUUUGAGCUUUGUGUACACUUGAAGUAAAACAGAGGGAAGCUUUAUCAGGACUUUCAAAAUGAACACAGCUGCUACUUUCUGUUUUUUUUUUUGUUUGUUUGUUUUGUUUUUUGUUUUUUUUGGCUUUCAAUAUGAGGCUCGACCGCCACCUUGUGGCCACAUGCAGAAGAGCAGUCUUCAUUACAGAAGAUACGAAGAAUAAAAAUAGUAUAGAAUUUACAUAUAUAUUUAUGCCAUUUGGCAGACGCCCUCAUUUUUCAUCAAAAAUAUAUAUUUUUUUCUGUAUUAUUGUUAUACUGUGAAGGAUUAUGGAUGCUUUGGCCUUGUCAAAAGAACAAUGGAUAGUUUU